CCAUAAUGCAACAGUGCUAUCUGUGGUUAUUCUUAGGCUGUCACUUUGGCUCCAGCCGAGUCCUCUUCUGUCUCCUCGCUCUCGCCGUCUCGAGGCUCCCCGCUGCCCUCCCGUCACUCCAGCAGCUGUGGGGUUUUGAACACUUUUUAAAGGUUUAAGCGUACAUUUUUGGGAGGAUCUUUUUAAGAAUGAGCUGCUACACAGUGACGCUCCCCGGCCCCGGGCCCUGGGGCUUCAGACUGCAGGGGGGCAAGGACUUCAACAUGCCCCUCACCAUCUCCAGGAUCACGCCGGGCAGCAAGUCGGCGCAGGGUAACCUGGUGCAGGGCGACGUGAUCGUGGCCAUCGAUGGGGUCGGCACGGACGGGAUGACCCACCUGGAGGCGCAGAAUAAGAUCAAGAUGGCCAACUACAACCUGGCACUCACCAUGACCAAGGCGAAGCGUAACGUUGCGAUGCCGAUACCGAGCGCCUUUCCCAUAAUCCCUCAACAACAGCCUCAGGUGAAUGGCCACCUGUCGGCCUGCAGUGCCUCCCCCGGGCCUGCGGGGGCAGACUCUCCGGGCGGGGGUGCGGCGGCGAGCCCCACCCAGAGGAAGCAGUAUAACAACCCCAUCGGCCUGUACUCAGAGGAGACUCUGAGGGAGAUGGCCGCCAUUCAGGCCGGGCUGCCUGCCGGGUACGUAGAGUCGCAGAGGAGGAAAACAUGGCUUCCUUUGAGUAGCGUUUUCCCGCCAUCACCAGCUUCAGCCCCCCCGGCCCCCCCCCAGAGGCCCAUCGAGGUGACGGCCCCCGGAGGGAAGGCCACCAUCAUCCACGCGCAGUACAACACCCCCAUCAGCAUGUACUCUCAGGACGCCAUCAUGGACGUCAUCGCUGGGCAGACGCAGGGCAUGGGGCACGACGCCGGUGGUAACAUUCCCGUUAAAGAGGCUCUUAUAGACAGCGACUCGCCGGUCUAUCAGGCGGUUCAGAGUGCAGAAAAGGACCAGGAUGUUGGUGGGGGGGGCCGUCGCAGCACCACAGCCAACAUGCAGUCCAAGACCUUCAAAGUCCUGGCCCUCGUGACCGGCACCGAGGCCGUACCAGGGGAGGAGGAGGAGGAAGAGGGGGCUCUGAGGAGGAGCAGCCCUACUGAGCAUGCUUCAGCUUCUGCUGACUCCGCCCCUGUUGCUUUGGAACCCGCCCCUGCUGAACCUGGCCCCGCCCCCGACAGCCAAUACAGUCAGCCUCCUGCCAUGCACCAGGCUCCACAAGGCCCGCCUCCACAGCAGUACCAGCAACCAAUGCCGCAACAGCAAUACCAGCAGCCAAUGCAACAACAACAAUACCAGCAGCCAAUGCAACAUCAGCAAUACCAACAACCAAUGCAACAACAACAAUACCAGCAGCCAAUCCCGCAGCAGUAUCAGCAGCCGCCCACGCAACAGGCCCCGCCCACUCAGCAGAGCUCCAUUCAGAUCCCUCUUGGCUCCGCCCCUCCCAAGGUGGUCAGCACCGCCUGCAUCUACCCCUCCCAGCCAGCUCCACCCCCUGCUGCUCAGCCUUGCCCCCCCGUUGCUGCCCCCCCCCAACCCCCCGCGGUUCCCUCCCCCUCUAACCGACCCCCCUGGGUGUCCGACACCAACUUCGCAGACAAGUUCGACCCCAGUAAGAUGACCACCACCAUAAAGGUGCAGCAGCUGCCCCAGGGCGCCCCUCCUCCACCUACAUACAUCCCCAACCCCUCCUCCUCCGCACCUGCAGCUCCAAUCCCCGCCCCCGCCACACCAACCCCCGCCCCCUUCACACCUGUGGCAAGGGGCGUGGCUCAGAGGGCGGAGAGGUUCGCCGCCAGCAGCCGCACGCCUCUCUGUGGGUCCUGCAACGGCGUCAUCAGGGGCCCCUUCCUGUCGGCCCUGGGCCGCUCCUGGCACCCGGAGGAGUUUCACUGUCACUACUGCCACAUGUCUCUGGCGGACGCCAGCUUCGUGGAGGAGCAGAACAACGUUUACUGCGAGAACUGCUACGAGGAGUUCUUCGCCCCGACCUGCGCUCGCUGCAACACCAAGAUCAUGGGGGAAGUGAUGCACGCCCUGCGGCAGACGUGGCACACCACCUGCUUCGUGUGCGCCGCCUGCGGUAAACCCUUCGGAAACAGCCUCUUCCACAUGGAGGACGGGGAGCCGUACUGCGAGAAAGAUUAUAUAUCUCUCUUCAGCACAAAGUGUCACGGCUGUGACUUCCCGGUCGAAGCCGGAGAUAAAUUCAUCGAGGCUCUGGGUCACACCUGGCACGACACCUGCUUUGUGUGUGCGGUUUGCAACGUGAACCUGGAGGGCCAGCCUUUCUACUCAAAGAAAGACAAACCUCUGUGCAAGAAGCAUGCUCACGCCAUCAACGUGUAGACGACCAGCCGGAGGCGACCGGCCGCACGCUGACGACUUUACUAAUGUGUGUGUAAACGCUCUUCAUGCAAGAUACACUUUGUUUUUGUGCAUUUAUUUUAAAACUACGCUGCCUGUGGAUUCAAAACAGAAACAAAAAACAGGUCAUGAUGUCCAGCCCACGUUAUUAUGUACUGUAGUGAUUUAUUUACUGUUUUCUACCAGAAACUACUUGUGUGUUCAAUGUGAGGAAGUUCUGAUACGGAGUCUGGUGUGUGCCAAAAAAAAUGACGAUAUAUAUUUGUAUUAGUUAAUUAAUUGAUGAAUGUAAAAUAUAUACAGGUAACUAAGCUGAUACAAGCAUAGUUACUUAAAAUAUUAUACGAUAUUACAUUUAAAACUGAAAAGAAUAAUCAUUAUAAUUUUGAUAAUUAUAAGGAUUCAAAUUCAUUUACAUGUUUGUUUUAUCUGGAGCGGAGCAAAGUGUUUACGGCGCGCUAUGGAUGGGGCCGCCUUGAGGUGGUUUCCCGACAUGUCGUUGCAGUAAAUUAAAGGGUGUUUCAUGUUGU